AUGGCAUUCGGUCACUUCGGUUCCAAGGCAGCAACGCGCGAUUCCAACAACGACAUCAACAAAGCGCAAGCUGCGAACAAGGACAUCUCUUUGUCGCAACGCUCUACAAAGAAGUCAAAUGAAAUCCUCUCCGAAACAAAACUGGAGCUCGAGAAACAGUGGAGCAAGACAGCUGGUGCAUCUUGUCGCUGCGCUGACCCAGAGCCAACAGCUUCUGCGAUCAAAACUUCUGACUUCACUAUCCCUCCUAUCGAAUUCUCACAGAACAAUCUUUCAGUCGUCACUACUACCACUCUCAAGACUUCUCAUCACACUGGUGUGUCUGAAUUAGUAUCAGAAGACUGCAUCAACACUACCCUAAACGCACGCUACUCUGACUCCAUAUCUACUGUAUCAGUCUUACCCAACGACGGUGAGAUUAUUGAGGACCUCUCUUCAAACAACGCAGCUUCGAUCAAGAUAGCGCUUCUAGCUCAAACAACCACCACAACGCCGUUACACAACUCUACACAGCCAUCCUCACUGCCUAAGGUUUCUACAGUCAUCAAUUUAAAAGAAACUGUGAUAAACAUCAUACCAGUCAACCGUUCCGAGAGAUCCGACACAAUGGCCAAUAAAGAAUCGAAAGAUGGCCGACAGAUACUUGCGCAAGUUUUCUAUAAGCUCAAGGCUAAACUUUGGCCUUGGCACCAUGACCUGAGCUCUAGUAUCGAGGUUAAUGUAGAGGAAGAUGAAAAAGAGGACUUCUCAGACCGUUGUCAAUGGGACAUCAUUACCAAGGUUGAGCCGACCAAGAUUAAAGAGAUUGUCCGCUCAGCUCUUUCUGGACAGGGAUACGAUGAAAAGUCUCCUCUUGUCAUUACAUCCUACGAACAGGGCUCUUACCAUUUCGUUAUCAUGCUGAAGACACUGCACCCCUAUACAAAGAAGGCUGUUGGCUGGGUUGUCAAGAUCCCUGGCCACGGCACACCAGAACGCUGGACUGCAGAGGAUAAUUACAUGCUCACUCAAGAAGUGGAGACUAUGCGUCUUCUCACCAUGGAGACGGAUAUUCCUUCUCCCUGGGUGGUGGACUACUCGGCUACUCUCGACAACAAGUACGGUUUCCCAUACAUCGUUAUGAAGGAACUUCCUGGCAGCUCAGCAAAUGAACUGUGGUUCGAACAGCACUGCGAGGUUCCAACUAUUGAGACGGAGUUGAAGCGCCUGACUUUCCUACGCUCUCUGGCAUGCCACAUGACAGAAUUGAACAAGCUGCAUUUCGACCAGAUCGGUAUGCCAAUGUACAAUGUAAGGGCCCCGGACUUCGAGGACUACGAGAAUAUCGAAGCCGAGCGUCUCCCAGUCAACAAAUACUACGUCUGGCCCUACUAUGACACCUACGACUCAAUCGAGCGCGGACCGUUCCCCUCGACGCAAGCCUACAUCCAGCACGCACGAGGAGACAACGAGCUCGCACCACCAGCCGCGAACCGCAAGCUCACAGCCACGCAAGUAGAAGCAAUCGGCACCAACAAGCUGCUGGACAUGAUCUUCACACACCCCGUCUUCCACUCCACGUCGAAGUCGACCUUUGCGCUGCGACACUCUGACCUAGACACGCAGAAUAUCCUCGUAGACGGCAGCGGAGCCAUAACCGGCAUCCUAGACUGGGACGGCUCGCUCGCGAUGCCGCGCUGCGUUGGACACGCCGCGGUGCCACACUUCCUCGAGCGCGACGUGCACGCCGACGCCCUCUUCAAGACCCCCUUUCUCUGCUGGCGCGCGCCCCACUACCGCAGUGUGUACGCGGCUGCGCUGGCCGAGGCGGGGAAUCCGGAUGCAAAGUACACGAGCAAGAGCCAUCUGUAUCAAGCGGGGUUUGCGGCGCUGUAUGAAGGCGGGGAUAUGCAGGGUUUCUUGAAGCGGCUGCUCAGUGCCAUUCCGGAGAUGCACUUGGAGCUGGGAAAUGUCAAGUUUUUGCUGGCCAAGGGGUGCAAGGCAACGGAGGAGAUGCUGAAGGUGGAGCUGGGGAAGGUGUUGGAGCCUGAGUUGCCGGAGGAGGGCUUUUUGGAGCGGGUCGAGAAGCAAUAUACUGAGGCAGCUGUGCGGGUUUGGAUGGAUGGUUUCGAGAACUUGGCUGUAGAUGGGAUGUAA